GUCUGCAGCUGCCAACACCAGGAGGGAAGAUCUUUCUAUCUGACGCCUGCACGACCUACUGUGUGCAAAUCUGGACUGAUAAGAAUGCAUCAAAAUAACCACUUACCUGAGCUGGUGGCCGAGAAAAACACUUUGGAGCCUCAGUAUGGUCAUGCUCUACGCCUGCUUGCUGAAGAAAUUGAAAAGCGAGAAGGUGAUGAACUGCAAAAAGAGGGCAUAAUGAAGAAAUACCUUGACAUUAUCAGCAAUAAAAAUAUAAAGCUGUCGGAAAGAGUUCUCAUCCCAGUGCAACAGUACCCAAAGUUUAAUUUCGUUGGAAAGCUGCUGGGGCCUCGGGGAAAUUCCAUGAAAAGGCUACAAGAGGAAACAGGAGUCAAGAUGUCCAUCCUCGGAAAGGGGUCCAUGAGGGAUAAAGGAAAGGAAGAAGAAUUAAGAAACAGUGGAGAGGGCAAAUAUGCACAUCUGAGUCAGGAUCUUCAUGUUUUAAUUGAAGUCUUCGCUCCACCGGGUGAGGCCUAUUCCCGUAUGAGCCACGCUUUGGAGGAGAUUAAAAAAUUCCUUGUUCCAGACUACAAUGAUGAGAUCAGACAGGAGCAACUACGAGAGCUUUCAUUGUUGAACGGUUCUGAUGAGUCCAGCAGAGGCAGGAAUGGACAAGGAAGGAGCACUCGGGCAACAGCCGCAGUAUCCACCAGGGCCCGCAGGAACACAGGAAGGAGCACAGUAACGCCUCGAGGGACGGCUGCCGCAACACACAGCAAGCUUGCUGCAUCAGUUUUAACCAGGGAGGCUCAAACCCCGAGAUCCAGAGGAGCAGCGGGAGCGGUACUCGGAGGGUACCGGCAGUUAACCGGCACACAUGACUCAUACGACGAAUAUGGCUACGACGAUGGGUACGGCGGAGAAUACGACGACGACAGCUACGAGGCUUAUGAUGAGAACUACAGCAAUCAGUCAAAGAGCGUCUUAGAUUACUAUGAAUAUGGACAAGGAACAAAUGAUGAAUCCUACAACUAUGAAGAGGAGUGGCCCAAUUCCCGUCCCAAUCUCAAAGCUCCAGUUAUACAGCUGACAAGAGCGGGCUACAGAAAACAUCCCUACGGUCGAUACUGAAGGUGCUCCACACGUGACCUGCAAUUUACUAUGUCUAACUCUUUAUAUUUAUUUCAAACAAGGUUUGUCCAACCCAUUCAGAUAAUCUCUUAAAGCAGUGUUUUUUCAAAGUGAGAUGGGACAGUGUGAGAAAAAUAAAGACAAAAACUGUUGAGCAAUAUAUUCAGGGCAAAUCCGGGGAGAGUAGAACACUUCAUAAAUGAAAGGUCCAAUAUUUUGGUUAUUUAGGCCUUUAUAAACUGACUCCCUAACAUGGACUUCAUAUAAAAUUCUUGAUUUAAUUAAUAAAAAAAACAAAAAACAAUGGUUUUGUCACACGAGUGUCCAGAAAAGGCCUCCGUGAGAGCUACACUGUUUGUCCAUAUUUGGUUAAGACCACUUCCUUUCCUCUGAUCGGUUGACUCGUGACCACACCAGCGUUUGUUAUGUUGACAGCGCUGGUUUAGGAGCGCAGAGGUUGGCGGAGAACUUCGCUCGUGAUAUAGAUAACCUCACUAAAUUCAAAUGACCUGAUUUCAAGCAGAAAAACAGCAGGAACUCAGGAAAGCAUGCAGAAUUUUAAUUCAUAUUUCACAUGUUUACUGAGGCACGAUAGCGCUAACAGAGUUGGUUUGGUAAAACAUGAUACUUUUAAAUUUGGAAAAUCAGUGUGUUAAAGCGAUUAGAUGGAUUUAUUAUUGAUGAAAAUUGUAAAAAAAAAAAAUAAUACUGAAAAAUAAGUGGCAUGUGCACAGGGCGCACUUAUUAGUUAUUCGGGUGUCAUAACCCCCAUGUUAUUUUUUUUUUAAAUCUUGAAAAAUCUUGUAGUGGGUUUUAGUUUGGCCACAUUGAAAACACUUUGAAAUCCUCUGCAUUAAAUAUAUAAUAAGUGGGGGAAAUGCUUUGUACAGAAAUGCAAAAAAAAGACAAAUUUUUGUUACAAAUUAUGUGAAAAGUUUUUAUUUAUUCGUUUAUUUGUUUGUUUGUCUUCUCACACGAUAAUCAAACACCACCAGUUUAACAAAAGGCACACAAUUUUUCUUCUGUGACUCGCCACUCAUUAAGAAGAAUUUAAAUCCACCCUCAAGCUUCAUGAAAAACAAAUAUGACCUCUGUACAGCGGUUUUAGUUUGCGAAGGUAGCGUCAAUUUUGUAACUUCAGGUUUGUGAUCACUGUAAGCAAUUGCAUGGUUUUCCAAAAAUAUUAGGAAGGACAAAGUCAAUCAAGGAAAAAAUGGAAAUCAACUGCAAAUGACCCCCGAUCCGGGUUUUCUAUAUCUGAAGAUGUCAUGUUAAAUAGGACUUGAUCUGGUAGACUAACUUUAGGCCUAAUCACGUUUAUUUCAUUUGAUGUGAUUCAUCAGCAGUUUUUCCCUGUGUGGUUGGAAUCAGUCAAGGAAUGUACAGUGUGUACUUUACAAUUAAUGCUUUUAUUCUUUGUCCAAUCUGUCCUUGUACAUAGAGUAUUUAAUAAAAACAAAUAUAAACCCCAACACCGUGUGUAAGAUUUUCUAAAUCGUUUUUUUUUUCAGUUAGUUACACUUGAAAAAUGUCAUGCUGAUCUAAAAUGAAACAUUUGCAUGAUUUCCACUAACCUAUUGCAUUAACAACCAACUAAGCGAUCCUCUUCAUCAUUUAAAUGUGCUUCAGUCUUAUAUGAUAACUUCCUUAUGUAGGAAUUGAUGUUUUUUCUUGUGAGGUUUGACAACAGUAAACAGACUCACACAGAAUUAUAUGCUGUUAAAGAGGUAAGAAGUCCCGUUGUAUUGUGUCAUUUUAAACAUUAAUACGACGUGUAAAAAGAGCAAUUCCAAUAUACUUCUCAAAGGAAUUUCUGGGUGACAAAUUAUAUUUUUUUUAACCUGCAUAGUCUUCUGUGUCUCUGCUAAUGUUUUUUUUUUCUAUUUCCUGUCAUUGAGUUAGAGAUCUAGCAAUGCAUCUUUUAAACAUCAUAACAUCAUUGACGCUGUCCAGUUAAACUCUAAACAGGUUAUAAAAGCCUUGUGGUGGUCAAGGCGUAGGGGUUGUAAAACAGGACAAUGUAAAACACAAAAAUCUGCUCCAAGAGGAUGCUUUCAGUUACCAUCAUUGGUCACAAGAACAGCGUGAAAUACUUGACUCUAAGCCCCCCUGGUGCAUAAAGCAGCGUGAAGUGGACGGAGUUUUUCUGUUGAUACAAACAAACAUGGGUUUUUUUGUGUGUGUGUAUGUUUGGAUGAGAUGAAAAUGACUGAGUUUGACUGACAGUGACUUACCAAGCACUAAAGCAAUGUACUCAAAUCGUGGUCAGCAGACCAUUGGUGCUGGGAAAAACCUCAGGUUGUCACUAAUUUGAAUUGCACUACAACUCCAACUUUCAACUACUAUACGGUAAUGUUUUAAGCAACAUUUUAGCUAUAAUUAUACUAAAAUAUUACAUUAACCAUUUAACUAACAUUUUGGUAUUGCUAAUUGUCAUGAAAGUCAAAAAGGAAGAAAAUGUUAUUGUUAGUUUGGUAAAACCUAUAAACAGUUUCUAAAAAAUAAAACAGUCGGGAAAACUUUUUUUUAUGGCAAUUUGUUAGAUGUAUGUCAUUGUGAUCAUUUUCCCCUUUGUUUUAUCUUUGUUGA